AUGGCCCGCGUUGCUGCGAUUCAGCUCGAUGUCCCUCCUAAAGAGCCUAUCAUUUUCACAGACAGUUCAGAAAUGAUCAAAGCCGACCACCGACCUGGUCUUCGAUGGAGAGAUUGUAGCCCGGCUUCGCAGUACCUUGCCCACCGCCCCAAGUUCGACCUCUGGCUCCGCUUCGCAGAGGGGCACCGAGUGGAGGAGCUCAGCCUGCUGCUAGUGCCGACUACUGACCCGCCGACGCCUUAUAUACUGCCGCGGUUCUUGUAUUGCUGGAGUUGGUUGGUGCGCCUUGAAGUCUGGGUGUGCUGUUUCUCGUUGGGUAGGACUAUUAGGUGGCCUUGUCUUAAGAUCUUGGUGAUCGCAAUUUCAAGGUUGAGCGAUGAUAUCCUCGAGGGAAUUUUCAGGGGAUGCCCUGUUCUAGAGUCCCUUGAAUUGUGGGGUUGUUGGGGCGUGAAGAACAUUAUGAUAGAUUCGACAAGUGUGAAAGAGUUGGUACUUCGUAACUUAAGCAACUCUAACAUUCAGAAAAUUUGGGCCCCGCAUUUGCUGUUGCUGCGAAUAUCAGGGGGUUGGCAACCUCAUGCCAUGCUAAGACUUGGCGAUGUAUCUUCUUUGGUGGAAGCCAAGUUAGAUUUUUCGAUUCGAGUUCUUACCGAUUUGCCUAGUGACGAGAUGCUGUGCAGCCACAUGUUGAAGGAAACCUUUCAGAAGCUGUGCGGAGUUACUACAAUCACCAUUGGGGCUUGGUGUUUUCAGAAACUUUCCCUUUUGGAGAUGGAAGGAGUGCCAGCGCCAUUGUCAAUAUGUCAGAGUCUAACGCUACAUGCAGACAUUACUCAGUGGGACCUUUCUGGGAUAGCAUACAUGCUACGAAUUUCACAGUGCCUGGAAAAAUUAGUCAUAUGCUUGACUGGCCUCCCCCUAUCAAUGUAUAGUCUUGACGAAGAAUCGAAAGAAAGUUUUAACUAUGAUGAAGAUGAUUUUUUAUGUUCACGAAAGGGGAAAUUUCAAUGCUUGGCGAAACAUCUCAAGAGAGUUGAGAUCACCAUUGAUAAUUUUGGGUUGGAACGUCUGCUUGCCCUGAUUAAGUUUCUUCUUGGUGAUGCACUUGCGCUGGAGAAGAUGAUUAUCAAGGCUAAUUUGAACAUGGGACAUGGACAAGAACACGUUCGAGCCACUAUUCUUUCAAAACUACUUGUUGUGAGCCAAAAUAUGCUCUGCUAUCGAAGAGCUUCCAGAAAUGCUGAAGUUAUCUUCAGCCACUCUUUCAAAUAGGUGUCCUUAAAGCAUAUGAAAAUCUGGGUUUCUUGUUAAUCUUAUGGCAGGCGUAUUUUGCCUUGGGCACUACACUACUCAUUCUUAUCUACAUUGUCAGGUUUUAACAUGUACCUAAUCUACACUUCUGUCAAGUUUAGUGUAGUUGUAAGUAUGAACCUCCUUAAGGAAUGAGGUUAAUGGUAGUGUUUUUGAUUAUCAGCACAUGAAGGGUGUUUGGUCAAGAUAAUUUUCUUUAUCUGCACUCUUGGAAGACUAAGCGAAGUCUUCAUGUAUUUGUGCGAAACUGCAUGGACAUCAUUACAAUUUGAUUUUAGUUUCAG